AUGGCAGCGCCGUUCCUGGCGUCCAAUCGACGCGGGGACGCCUGGUUCUUUGUGGGCCUUGCUUCAUCCUUCCCCAAUAUCACAGAUCCAGCCGAGGGCACCGUCGCCGAUAUGCGGUUCUGCGGCCAGGACCUCGCACCCAGCUGCAAGGUCUUCCAAGUCCCGCGAGCGGACAGCUCCCAGGCGUCUGAGGUCGACCAGGUCGAGAUCGUCGAAGCAACGCUUGCUGCAAGGGAUCUUAAAGACCAGGUCCUCGUGUUCCGAUACAAGGACAAGUUUCAUGCCGUAAAUAACCAAUGCCCUCAUUCGUCAUAUCCACUGUCCAACGGCACGCCAUUUGACAUUGAGGACUUUGGGGUCGUUCUGAGCGCGGGAAUCACGUGCCCGAAGCAUGGGUGGUCUUUCGACUUGUUCUCGGGGAACGCGGACCGUGGGACUUACAAGUUGAGCUUAUGGGAAAUUCAAGUACGACCUGCAAGGGAAGAUGAGCAGGAGGUUUGGGUCAGAAGGAAGCAGCGGAUAGGAUAA